AUGAGCGCGCCGAGCCCGGGCCGCCGCCGCCGCCGCCGCCGCCGGGAGCCGCGCAGGCCGCGAGCCGCCGCCAUGGCCACGCCGCUGCCCGGCCGCGCGGGCGGGCCCGCCACGCCGCUGUCGCCCACGCGCCUGUCGCGGCUGCAGGAGAAGGAGGAGCUGCGAGAGCUGAACGACCGCCUGGCGCACUACAUCGACCGCGUCCGCGCGCUCGAGCUGGAGAACGACCGGCUGCUGCUCCGGAUCUCCGAGAAGGAGGAGGUGACCACGCGCGAGGUGAGCGGCAUCAAGGCGCUGUAUGAGGCGGAGCUGGCCGACGCCCGCCGCGUCCUGGACGAGACGGCCCGAGAGCGCGCCCGGCUGCAGAUCGAGGCCGGGAAGCUGCAGGCCGAGCUGGAGGAGGCCAGCAAGAGUGCCAAGAAGCGGGAGGGCGAGCUCAGCACGGCCCAGGCCCGCCUGAAGGACCUGGAGGCGCUGCUGCACCGCAGCGAGGCGGAGCUGGCCGCCGCCCUCAGCGACAAGCGCGGCCUGGAGAGCGCCGCGGCCGAGCUGCGGGCCCAGCUGGCCAAGGCGGAGGACGGCCACGCCGUGGCCAAGCAGCAGCUGGAGAAGGAGACGCUGAUGCGCGUGGACCUGGAGAACCGCUGCCAGAGCCUGCAGGAGGAGCUGGACUUCCGCAAGAGCGUGUUCGAGGAGGAGGUGCGGGAGACGCGGCGGCGGCACGAGCGCCAGCUGGUGGAGGUGGACAGCAGCCGGCAGCAGGAGUACGACUUCAAGAUGGCGCAGGCGCUGGAAGAGCUGCGCGGCCAGCACGACGAGCAGGUGCGGCUGUACCGGCAGGAGCUGGAGCAGACCUACCAGGCCAAGCUGGACAGCGCCAAGCUGAGCUCUGACCAGAAGGACAAGGCGGCCAGCGCGGCGCGCGAGGAGCUGCAGGAGGCGCGCAUGCGGGUGGAGUCGCUCAGCUACCAGCUCUCGGGGCUGCAGAAGCAGGCAAGUGCCGCCGAGGACCGCAUCCGGGAGCUGGAGGAGAGCGCGGCGGGCGAGCGGGACAAGUUCCGCAAGAUGCUGGACGCCAAGGAGCAGGAGAUGGCGGCCAUGCGCGACCUGGUGCAGCAGCAGCUGGCCGAGUUCCAGGAGCUGCUGGACGUGAAGCUGGCGCUGGACAUGGAGAUCAGCGCCUACCGCAAGCUGCUGGAGGGCGAGGAGGAGAGGCUGAAGCUGACCCCCAGCCCGUCCUCGCGCGUCACCGUCUCGCGUGCGUCCGCGAGCAGCAGCGGCAGCAGCGUGUCCACGGCAGGGCGCGCGGGCCGCGGGAAGCGGCGGCGGCUGGAGGCGGAGGAGCUGGUGGGCAGCGGGCCCGGCGCCGGCAGCGGCAGCAGCUUCCGCCUGGCCCAGCAGGCCUCGGCCACGGGCGCCGUGGGCAUCGAGGAGGUGGACCUGGAGGGCAGGUUCGUGCAGCUGAAGAACAGCUCGGACAAGGACCAGCCCCUGGGGAACUGGCGCAUCAAGCGGCAGGUGCUGGAGGGCCCGGAGAUCGCCUACAAGUUCACGCCCAAGUACGUGCUGCGCGCGGGCCAGACGGUCACGGUGUGGGCCGCCGGGGCGGGCGUGGCGCACAGCCCCCCGUCCACGCUGGUGUGGAAGAGCCAGAGCAGCUGGGGCGCGGGCGAGAGCGUGCGCACGGUGCUGCUGAACGCCGACGGCGAGGAGGUGGCCAUGCGCACGGUGAAGCAGUCCGCCGCCGCCGCGCGGGAGAGCGGGGACGGGGAAGAGGACGGGGAAGAGGACGAGGAGGCUGCGCUGGGCGAGGAGGACCUGUUCCACCAGCAGGGAGACCCCCGCACCACGUCGAGAGGCUGCCGCGUGAUGUGAGCGCAGCGCCCCGCCCGCGGCCGCCCAGGACUGUUAGUUUUCUAUCAUUGGCUUUCCCUACACCGUUACCAUUUCUCGAGAAUUCUUCCCAAACUGCGGGG